AAAAAAAAACAGAGAUGUGAAGCCUACUUUAUUUACUCCACGAGCAUAUUACAGGCGGAAAAAUGAAUGAAAUAUCGAUGAGCCACCUACUACAUCCUAUUGGCAGCCGGGAUACGGUUGACUAGUAGCUCUCAGAAUUUAACUGGCGAUAUGAAUAUGAUUCCUUGGACAAUAUGGCGCCACGUGUGUUGCAGACCACCGUCCACUUGCUUGUGCCACGUGAUGAUAUCAUCCAUCGCCUCCCACCGCGCAGUCCGGUGCUCCGGAGAAGAGAAGGCGCGAGGUUCGCCGGAGAGGAGAGGACGAACUGCUGCCGGCGGCAACCGCACGUCGCAAUUGAUUGAUUGAUUGGUUCCGGUGUGUUCGACGGCGCCGGCCAGCCGCAUCCAUGCUAGCUCACCCGGGCGGGGUCGGGGUGGUCCGGGCGUCGGUGGCCAGGGAGCCACUCUUCUCCUUCGGCGUCAUCGCCGACGUCCAGUACGCCGACAUUCCGGACGGUCGCUCCUUCCUUGGCGUGCCUCGGUACUAUCGCCACAGCAUCACCGUGCUCCAGAGAGCGGUCCGCAGCUGGAACAGCCACAAGGCCGGCGUCAAGUUCUGCGUCAACUUUGGGGACAUCGUCGACGGGUUCUGCCCCAAGGACCGGUCGCUCUCCGCCGUGCAGGCGGUCGUGGCAGAGUUCGACCGGUUCCACGGCGGCCCGGCGUACCACAUGCUCGGCAACCACUGUCUGUACAACCUCCCAAGGAGCGAGCUGGUGUCCGUGCUGCGGAUGCCUGGGCGCGCCUACUACGACUUCUCGCCGUGGCCGGGGUACAGGUUCGUGGUCCUUGACGCGUACGACUUCAGUGCCGUCGGCUGGCCGCGCGACCACCCUGUGGCGGCGGCGGCCAGGAGGUUCCUGGAGGAAAGGAACCCGAACUCGGAUAAAAACAGCCCGACGGGGCUGGCCGGGGAGGACCGGCGGUUUGUGAUGUUCAACGGCGGCGUGGGCGAGAAGCAGCUGCGGUGGCUGGACAGCGUCCUGCGGGACGCAUCGCGGCGCGGGGAGACCGUGGUGGUGUGCAGCCACCUGCCUCUCCACCCCGGCGCGGCGUCCCCGGCGGGGCUUAUGUGGAACUACGAGGAGGCGCUGGCAGUGGUACACCGGCACGGGUGCGUCGCGGCGUGCCUCGCGGGGCACGACCACAAGGGCGGGUACGCCGUGGACGCGUGCGGUGUGCACCACCGCACCCUGGAGGCUGCGCUCGAGUGCCCGCCGGGCACCGACGCGUUUGGCCACGUCAAUGUGUUCCCCGGCAGGCUGUCGCUCGUCGGAUCCGGCAGGAUGGCGAGCACCGACAUGCCGCUCGUCCUCCCUCGGUUGAGCUAGCUGAUGCUGAUGCUUGCAGCUGAUGCUUGCUCCACCCGAUCCACGGGCUCCCCCGGUGUACUGUGUAGCCACUAGCUCGCAGCAUUUACUGCGAUAGCUGUCUGUGUGUAACGAUUCACCAUCUCAAACUGAUCCGGCUCAAUUUGGAAAUGUUGCUUAGAACUGA